UCAAAUUACUAAUCAUUUGUUUCUUUUCGAAUCCUGAAGGUUCGGGCGCAACAUUUCAAAAAGUUUCAUCUCCCUCUUUGAAAGUUGAACGCCAAUAUCCUUCGGGUUUAUGUGUUAGAGACUGCUAUUUGAAGUGUUAUGUAAUUGUGGACUCCCGGGAUUUUGUCUUGUGUUUUGCUCCAUUUCAAGCAAAUUUUGAGAAUCUGCAGAGCUCGCAAAAGUUUGCCUUGUGCCUCUUAAAGACCAAAGUUACUAGAGAGUUGAGCUCGAUCUAAUUAAGGUUACACCUAUAGAUGCCCAAUUGUUUGACGUCCUCUUCACAUUGACUACAUCAUGUCUCAUUUCAACAAAUCAAUUCCAAAGUUGAAGAUUGCAUUGCUUGUAGUUGGAACCAGGGGAGAUGUUCAGCCUUUUCUGGCCAUGGCAAAGAGACUUCAGGAAUAUGGCCAUCAUGUUAGGUUGGCAACUCAUGUUAACUUUUGUGGAUUUGUGAGGUCGGCUGGUGUAGAUUUUUACCCACUGGGCGGUGAUCCUCGAGUUUUGGCUGGAUAUACGGCCAGAAAUAAAGGUCUCAUUCCUCUUGCACCGGGAGAAAUAUCCAUACAACGAAAACAAAUAAAGUCCAUAAUUGAAUCUCUGCUUCCAGCAUGCACAGAACCGGAUGUGGAAACUGGUGAAUCUUUCACGGCUCAGGCAAUUAUUGCAAAUCCUCCUGCAUAUGGGCAUGCACAUGUUGCUGAAGCUCUUGGUGUACCAUUGCACAUCUUCUUCACAAUGCCUUGGACGCCCACGUAUGAAUUUCCCCAUCCAUUUGCACGUGUACCUCAAAGCGCAGGAUACUGGAUUUCGUAUGUUCUUGUGGAUCUAAUAAUAUGGUGGGGCAUAAGAGGAUAUAUUAAUGACUUCAGGAAAAAGAAGCUGAAUCUUGAUCCUAUUGCAUACUUAAGUACAUACCAUGGGUCAAUAUCUCAUUUACCAACAGGCUACAUGUGGAGUCCCCACAUUGUGCCAAAGCCCAAUGACUGGGGCCCUCUGGUUGACGUUGUUGGUUAUUGUUUUUUAAACCAGCAAUCAAAACAUCAACCUCCGGAAGAAUUUGUUCAAUGGAUACAAAAAGGACCUGAACCUAUAUAUAUAGGGUUUGGAAGCAUGCCUCUUGAAGAUUCAAAGAAAACUACAGAUAUUAUUUUGGAGGCAUUAAAGAAUACGGGACAAAGAGGAAUAAUUGACCAAGGUUGGGGAGAUCUUGGCACUCAUACAGGCAUUCCUGAAAGUGUUUUCCUUAUUGUGGAUUGCCCUCAUGACUGGUUGUUCCCCCAGUGUUCGGCUGUGGUCCAUCAUGGUGGUGCUGGAACCACAGCUACAGGACUUAAAGCUGGGUGUCCGACAACCAUAGUGCCCUUCUUUGGAGAUCAGUUUUUCUGGGGUGAAAGAGUUUGUCAGAAAGGACUGGGACCAGCUCCAAUUCCCAUAUCCCUGCUCAGCAUGGAAGCUCUUUCAAAUGCAAUAAGAUUCAUGCUCCAGCCAGAGGUGAAAUCCCGAGCAAUGGAACUGGCAAUAUUAAUUGAGAAUGAAGACGGUGUUGAAUCAGCAGUUGAUGCAUUUCACCGGCAUUUGCCUCUAAAGCUACCAUUGCCUACAUCAUCUUCAGAGAAAUACAACACACCAAAUCCUUUCCAGUGGCUUUUCAUUCAAAUUGGGAAACUAUGCACUCUACCUUGUGGUUCUUAAGGUUUCCAAAUAUAGAUUAUUUCAAUGUACAUAGAUAUCUUUUGUUCUUUUUUUUUUAGGUUUUUUAGCAUAUUCUUUCGUUUCAUUUUGGUGUGAUAGAAGGCAUGUAAAAAAUUCCAUGCAACAGUAAACAAUGUUUGAUAGAUUAUUUGUUACUGCAGUAGCAUGAGAGGAAACUUGUAUUUAUAGUUUGAAGUAAUUGUGUUCGGUAUCUUCUGGAUAUUUGGAAUUGUCUAUGUUAGUUUGCAAAAUAUUA